GAAAUAAGCGUUUUCCUCUCCUCACUAAAGCAUCUCGGCGUGGGGGGAUUAGGGAGAGUGGAGACACCCAAAAGCAAAGUUGACGAACUUUGCGCAUCUUUUUACAAACGCCAUUUUGAUUCCUCUCCGGAGCAACUUUGGCAGCUUCUUUCUCUCUCUCUCCUCAGCUCAUCAUCACCAACCAUCAUCAUGUCUCGGCGAAAGCAACCCAACCCCAACAAAGUCAAACUGUGAGCAGUUGUUUCUGACACGCGAGGUGCACCGCGGCCCCUCUUCAACCCCUGAGCACCAACAGCAUAAUACAACCUCGUCUCAGGACGGUUAUGGAAAAUUCAACGGAAGAAACAAAAACAGAAUUGGCAAAUUGCGCUCCCAAUGGGGAGGAGGAAGUGGAGCAAAGUGAGGACAUACAGAGCCCCGCCCCCACAGAUAGAAAAACAAUGCUCACAGAGUUUCGGGCCACUGUAGAAGAAGAAAGGAAUGAAUGGGAGAAUGAACAGAAUGGAGAAGUCGGAGAGAUGGAGGUAGGCGAUGGAGUCGACUUAUCUUCAAUUAACUCCAUGAUGAACACUGUGAUGAAAGUAUCCCAUCUUAAUGGUGGAGUAGACUCCGCCCACGCCACGCACACUAAACUGCCCGUCAAAAGCCCCAGUACCAACCGCAGUGGAAGAAAGAAUCAGGAUGCCAAAGAUGACAGCAGGUGUCUUGUCUGUCCGCUAUGUGAUAAGGGCUUUCAGACCCAACACCAGCUCACCAUGCACAUCCGCCAGCACAAUACCAAUAGCGGGACAUCGGACCACUCUUGCAGUAUCUGUGGGAAGUCUCUGAGCUCGGCUAGCUCUCUGGACCGUCACAUGCUAGUGCACAGUGGAGAGAGACCCUACAAAUGCUCUGUGUGUGGUCAGACUUUCACCACCAAUGGCAACAUGCACAGACACGUGAAGAUCCACGAAAAGGACUCCACGCCCAGCAGUCCAAUCCUGUCUCCAUCCAAGCGAAGAUGCUCCUCCGUCACCAAACGCAAACUAAGCCAGGACGAGGACAGUGAGCGGACCGAUGAGCCAUCUAGCAAAAAGGGCCUGGAAGAUAGUGGGGCAGAUGAGAAAGGUUUGAACAGAGAGCAGGAGGAAGCGCUGACCUGCCCUAUCUGCUUCAAGACCCUCACCUCCAAAAAUGACCUUGACGUCCACAUGGAGAUGCAUCCUGACACUACACCGAGAUGUGAUUUGUGCUGCAUCUCAUUCCGGACACACCGUGGUUUGCUUCGCCACAAUGCAGCUACCCACAAGCAGCUGCCCACAGACCUCAAUGGGCAACCCUUUAUCCAGAACAACCCCUCCAUCCCUCUUGGUUUUAAUGAUCUGGUUUUUAUUGACUUUUCAUGCCACAAGUUCCCUCAAAUUGCACAGAGUUGGUGUGAAACGAACCUUCGCCGAUGCACUGGCAAAUUCCAUCGUUUUGUAUGUGACACCUGUGACAAAGCGUUCCCUCUUAGCUCAGCUCUGGACCUGCACAAAGCUUCUCAUGAGACUUCAACUUCACCCUUAGUUAUCAAAGAUGAGGUUCCCACUCCUGAGAAAAGCAGCUUCAUGGAUUCCCUGGGCUUGCAGCAUAUCACUCAGGUCAAGCCAUCCCCCUCUGAAGAUGAUGCUCGACAGGCCGAACUAGACAGCAUCCGGGUUAUCCACGUGGAUGCUAUCCAGUCCACCGUACCUCAGGAGGCUGGCCUUGUUGGAGGGGUUAACCUGUCUCUUGUGGAUCCAGCAACUCUUCAAGGUCUGUCCCAUAAGCAGGCUCUCAAACUACUGUCCCUUCAGCCCUUCCAGACUGGUUUUCUGGUGCAGCCAGAUGGUGGUAUGGUGGUGAAGCCUGUUUGUGGUGAAUCCAGUAUGGAGCUUUCAGAUAUACAACAAAUACUCAAAGUAGCUUCAGCUGCACCAAACCAAAUCACUCUUCCAGCCUUAUCGAAGGCACCUUGCAGUGCUGUGCAGUCAGGCAACAAACAGAUGCCUCCACUCAAGCCAAAGCCUUUGGUGGCUCCCAGAACCAGUAUGGUAGCAUCAACCCCUCCACCCCUACUGAACAUCCAGCAAGCUUCACUGGGCUGCAUCAGCCCCAGCCUCCCACCUCCAGCCAGCCAUCCUCUCAAGACUGCCAGGGAGCUCUCCUCAUCUUCUGCACCCUCUUCCACAGAGAGGAUACAAAUGGAAGCUGAGUGCAUGGGAGAUGCCCAUACCCCGAUGGACAGAGAUGAAAAGCAUAUCAAGCAGGAAAUUGGCAAGUUGGAAGAGAACACUGGAAAGAAGGGAACCUCUCAAAAAGGCUCGUACCCUUGCCGAUUUUGUGACCAGGUCUUUGCGUUCUCUGGUGUGCUGCAGGCACAUAUGCGUUAUCAUAUGGGCAUCCUACCCCACCAAUGUAACAUCUGUGACUAUGUUGCACCAGACAAGGCAACGCUGAUUCGUCAUUUCAGAACACAUAGCGGUGAGCGGCCCUAUAUCUGCCAACUUUGUCAUUACCCAUUCACUGUCAAGGCUAACUGUGAGCGUCACCUUCGCAAGAAGCACAUGAAAAACAACCGCAAGGAAAUUGAGAAAAAUAUUAAGUAUGUUACCUCAUCCACAGCAGACAUUCUGGAGCAGGCUGGGACUAAAGAAAAUAUCUGUUGCUUUUGUGGGAAGGACCUAAAGACCUUCCGGGCUCUACAGAUUCACUUGCGCACCCACAAUGGCUGCCAACGAAAGCCAUUUGAGUGCAAGUGCUGUGGAGCAGCCUUCUUCGCUAAGCGUAAUUGUAUACAUCAUCUUCUAAAACAACAUCCAGAGGUCCAAGAACAGGAUAUUAAACAGCACAUCACCCUAGUAGCUGCAUCAACCCAAAAUAGCCCAAUUGCAUCUCCUCUCAAUGGGAUUUCUCCUAGCACUUUGGUGCAGUCUAUCAAAGUGGAGGACCUCAGCUUCUAUGGUGCAGAUAUGAAUCAACCCCUGGACUUCUCUAACAAAAGUCGUGGAGGUAGCAGUGCUGGAAGUGUGAGCGGAUCCCCUGGAAUCAAAAUUGAACCUGCCUCUUAUGGCUCAUCAAUGGAACCCAUUGAUCUCUCUAUUCCUAAGAAUCCCACAAAGAAGCUUAAACAAGAUGCUACAUUGCCAAAAGAGAUUAAGAAAGAACAGUCAUCCAUUAGCAUACUUGCACAGGCUCUUCAGGUUGAUAGACCCGUUGAUGAAAAGUCCCAACAGAUUGGCCGAUGCCAGCUCCCUGUGGUCUUGACCUCCCUUACAGGUAGCACUAAUACUUCAGGAAGAGCCUUGCGUCUAAAGCCCCUGCUUCCUAAACCCUGCUCUACUGCUGUGAAGGAGCUUCCGCCAUUAGCAUCCAUAGCUCAGAUCAUCUCCUCUGUUUCUGGAGCCCCUGACCUUCUUAAACGGGAGAAAACUAAUAGCCUUCAGCCUGAUUCUGAUACAGUUGGCAGGCAAGAAUCACCAGAUUCCAUGACAGAUGAGCUCCACUUGGACAGCUCCAAGAAGAGGUCCAGGAAAAGGCCUAACAGCAGCACACCGAAAGGGAAACCUGUGAUGAAUGCAACAGAGCCAAAUAUCGAUUUGGAAUCCAGUGGGGAGUUUGCGAGUGUUGAGAGGAUGUUGUCAACCACUGAUGCCAACAAGUUCAGUGCUUAUCUUCAGACCAACUCAAUUGAGCAAGCAAGAAAAGGGGGACAGCAGCAAAGUGCUAGUGACAAGAAAGAGAUGAAAGAUGAGAAACGCGCUAAACCCCAACAGUCCAAAGGGAAGAAGAAUGCAUACUCAAAUUCUGUACAAAAGAUGACCUGUCCCUUCUGUCCUAGAGUCUUUCCUUGGGCCAGCUCGCUCCAGCGCCACAUGUUAACACACACAGGUCAGAAGCCAUAUCCUUGUCCCCAGUGUGAUGCCUACUUCUCGACCAAGUCCAACUGUGAGCGGCAUCUUUUACGCAAACAUGGUGUUUCCAACCGAGUGCUUAGGCGCAAUGGUGUCAUGCCUAAGCUUAAGGAAGGUGAUGAGGGCUCACCAGAGAGUGCAGAGAGCACAUCUGAGACUGAGCUUCCCAUGGGUGAAGCAAUGGAUCUCACAAGGAUCGACCCAGAGAAGCCUGUUGCAUCUGAUGCUGAGAAACCCUCACCAGCUAAGCCGACAGAAGCAGCUGUAAUGGAGCCUCUUCCUCACAAAGAGGAGGUUGACUCAGCAGCGCUUAAGUCUUUGAAGCACAGUGACCCAGAAAAACAGGAUGACGAUUCCCUUAGCAAUACGUCCCUUGAUUUCAACUCUUCAUUUAAGCCAGUGGACUUCAAGUCUGCUGAGAAUGAACAACCACAUUCUUCACCUGUAGCAGAUGGAGAUGUGUCUGACAAAGCAAACCCUCAGGAAGAGUCCAAGUUCACCUGUAAAAGUUGCAACAAGAGCUUCCGCUAUGCUGCCACCUUGACCAGACAUGAGAAAGUUCACCUGCUGGACGUAGCAUUGGACUCAACUAAUAUACCUCCUAAAACAGAUGAUCCAGUAGUACCAGUAGUACCUUGUGAAACUAAGAAAGAGGUUGAAGAAGAGGAGGAGAAAUGCUUAAGGAAGGGCACAGCACAGAACGAGGGAAUGGGCAGUGUGGUGGAUAGUGAUUCUGAAGAGGAUAAAGAGGAGCGGAGUGAUGAAGAGGGAGCUGCAACAGAACCAAAGAGUGUUGAGGGAGAGGCAGAGGAACUUGGCAGCAAGCCGGACAAGAGGAAAAAGGUGUGCAAUAUAUGUAACAAACGUUUCUGGAGCCUUCAAGACCUCACCAGACACACACGUUCUCACACAGGUGAGAGGCCUUACAAGUGUCAGACAUGUGAGCGCACCUUCACCCUGAAGCACAGUCUUGUCCGGCACCAGCGAAUACACCAGAAACCACGUGAAGCUGAUGGCGAAGGGUUGUGUGGGGUCACCGGUGGAGCAGACGAAGAUGGCUUCAGCGGUCGCUCUGCCAGUGAAGGCGAGUGCACACCCACCAGCACCAAUCCACCUUCUGAGAAUGAAAGUGAACUAACAGAGACUGUGAAAGUGGAACCAACCCCCCGGAAGAAAGAGGAGGAUUAUGCACCAGCUGACAAGGUGAAGGAGAUGGUGGAGUUUACACCAACCUCCCUGAAUGAGGAGACCGAAACUGCACCAGCUAUAGAGACUCCCAAAAAUCCUCCAGCAGAAGAACAAGCCUCGAAUUCACCCACAUCAUCUGAUGUAGAGCCAUCAGAUGGAUUCCUCGAAGGUUCACUGGUGAUCCACACCAAGCCCACUACUGAGCACAUUUUGCCCAUCUCCGAGCCACCACUUCUUGGUGUGGAGUGAAGAGGGACUCAUCCUCUCCUUUGUGGUGAAACAUUGUGCUGCAACAAAAAGCAGUGCCAUAUAACAAAAGGACAUUGCAAUGAAAAGAGAAUCAAUGACUGAUUCCAAGUGCCUUUCUACUUUUUUGCUAUAUCUUUAUCAGCAUUUAUAUUGAUCUAUAGUUGAUUUUUAUAGUGUUUUACAAUGAUUAUUAUGAUUUGUUUUUUUCAUCUUGAGAGAACUACUUUAAGCAAUAUAUGAUCAAAUUACUAUAACAUAUUGUAUAGUUCAGCGACAGCAAAAACUGUCCUUUAAGUAGCAGGUUUAUACCAUUAUCCAGCAAAGGCUGAGAUUAACAAGAGGACAUUUCUACUGAGAGGCUUGAACCCAAGUGCACAACUGGAAAGACGAUUUGUUCAUCAAAGGGCUUCUCUGUGACUUUUCGUCCUCCUUUCUUUGUCUGUACUUUCCCCUUUUUAGUUAUUCCUUCAACGACAAAGACUUCCAGAGUUAUUGUUUUAUCGCGAUAAUGAGCUCUGCUGUUAUGAGUGCAAUGUCAUAUAGUUUUUUGGGGACAGCCAAGCAAAGUUCAGAUUGUCAAACUCUGGAAGGUGUUCAAAAGCCUUCACACAAAAUAUAUGGGCAAUGUUUGCCCAAAAAGGUGAUUUUGUCCAAUAUCCAUAGUUGGCGUUAGCAUUUGGGACAAAGGAUGGACGUUUUUAACAAGGAAACGGCAAUGUUUUUAAUUAAAGGGCUCAUGGAUUGCUUUCAUUCAAGCCCAGUUUCAACUAUGUAAAAACAAGAAUAAAAAUCAAACACAAGUAAAUAGCCCACAAUUAUGAAUAGAAUGUUCUUGAGAAAAAAACUGAAACGUGUUCCUGUGUCCAGGGUUACCGUCUUCCAAAAUCUAACUUUUUAAGCCUUACUCCUAUCUUCUGAGCUUCAGGCAGGUGUCUCAAUUUCGGCCAGGCUUAUGAGCUAGAAUUCAUGAUGUACUUGAACCCUGUCGCCCUGCUGCCUACUGCUGGGAAGUGUCUCCCUGCAGAGCUCCUCAACUAGGAGGACACCAUGUCAAUCCUACAUUCUUUUGUAGCCUUUGAAGUCUCUUUGGCCUCUCAGUUUUAUGAACUUGUGUUGUAAAGAAACCUCAGACACAAACAAAGCAAACCUCAAUAGGCAUGGAGACUGUUUGAAAUCACAUGGACUGGUAAGCAUCUUCAAAUACAAGACUUUUGAUUUCCUGGAGCAGCUGUCUACCAAAUGGAUGACUGUCGAUCAGCACGCCACUGGUGUAUGACGUCAUUGAAAUGGAAUAUUGAAGCAAUAGUGGUUUCCUUUACUGGGGACAGUGAGAGAGCACUUCCCUUAUUGGAUGUGUUUGUAUCGUCUCAAGAUCAGGAUGUGUGUGUCCCCUAGUGGUGUUAAUCCAGCAUCUCAUGCUCAGGCAUGAGACUUGUAGUAUUGGAUGAACUUGAAUGCAAUUGCAAUCACUUUCUCAAUCUGUGUAUUCUGUGACUUCUGCUUGUCUUGAUGACUUUUCCUGGGUUCAUGUGAGUGUGUUUUGUGUUGGUUGUGUGCAGAAGUGGUUGGUUUCUUGGUAAAAAUGCUUAUGGACUGUUUUUAAUGUAUUUAUUAUGACCCAGUGUUGGUGAAGAAGUAAAUGUGGAGAAGCCAUGUAUUAACACAAAUAUGCUGCAUAAAAAAUGAUUGAAAUUCAUUACUUAGCAUCCCAGCUUUGAUCUGGGUCUUCGAUAAGAAAAAUCACUUUUGAUCCAAAAGCUUUACGUAGAACUUUGUGUGAAUUUGAUAGAAUGUGUUGUCUGUUUCAGUUGUCUUUAUAUUAUUAUUUUGAUUGAUUAAUGACUGUUUGACAGAGAGAUACAAGUUGUUUUCAUUUAUAUGUUUUUUGUGUAUACAACUGUGAAAUUCACUGUGUUAUUCUACUAUGGGUGAAUCUGUAGGGUAGUAUUGCAUGAUAACCUUUUUAUGUUGUUCAUUCAGUUAUUGAUUAUUUUAUUGUUUUGCCCCACUGGUGCCCCACUCUGUCUCUCUCUCAGGGUUCUAACAAAAAGGCUUUUUCAAAAUUAUAAUUUUCCUAAGUUGAAAAAAAUAAUUCUCUCCAUCUUUGAUUUUGAAUUAGUGAACCAUAAAUCAAUACUUUUUAGCACUUGACUGUGAAUUCAAAUGAACAGGGUGGAGUUAUCAAAUCCACAUUCCUCUCAUGGUUUUUCUACAAGAUUCGUUCUCCGUUUUCCCUUCGUUUUUUAUCCUCCCUGUCUCUAAGAAAUAAUGGAGACCUGUCACUGUUUGACAUGAUGACUGAUGUACAAGGGAGAUUUGUUUCGCUGCUACAUCCCCAAAAAUAAUUCUACUGGACAUAAAUGGAACCAGAAUCACCAGAACAUUUUUUGGUACACUACUAUUGUUCUUUGAGUGCUUCAGAAUCAGAAAUGUAAGCUGUUCUGCAUCAAAAAUAUUCAAGCAAUAAAGAUAUAAUAAAGAGAAGUAAUUGUGAGAUAAUUUGAUAGAUUUGUUUGUCAU